AUGGAACGUGCUGACCUUGAUCGAAGCGACCACAGCAGGGCAAGCAGCGUGUCUGGAAGGUCUGCGCAUUCUGCCCGAAGCUGGAACUCCCUAUCGCCGGAAGAGCAAGAGCUGGCUAGUGGCCUGCAGUCAAGGAGGUUCCUCCUAGAGUCGCGUGCGAACUCUUAUGGCGCAGGAAGCGACAGCAGCAGCGGCAAGUCACAGCCUCGUGACAGGCUGCAAGAUGCAGAGGCAGCAGAGAGAGAUAUCGCGUCUCGGCAGACUCAGGCACCUGCACAAGCACUGCCCCCUUCUGGCAUCUUUUCCCCUGCUGCUGCACCAUCUACGGCAGACUCCGGAAGGUCCGGAAAAGACAGAUGCUCAAAGGCACGUAGUGGCUCUCCCGGAAGCAGUGGGAAAAGACAGCCUGAGGAAAGCCUGAUCCGAAGCCUCACGAAUAGCUCAAACUCCUUCCAGUCGGAUGACAGCCAACAGGUCAAGGAUCUGCAAGCGAAGAAUCAAGCGCUGGAAGCGGCGUUGCAGUCACGGGAUGCUCAGGCAACGCAGAUGAUAGCGGACUGCACGGAUAUCGACAACCGGAAUCAAGAGCGGAUGACGGAGAUCGAAUCGGAGCUUGCAGAUGCAGUCAAGGCUAGGAAGCAAGCGGAAGACGAGCGUGAUGCCGUGGAAGUGAAGGCUGCGGGCGACAAGGCCAAGAGUGCGUCCUCUCUAGCUGCCUCGAACGAAGACCGGCUGAAGCUUGAAGACAGGGACCGGAAGGCUGAGGCAAGAGCCGCGGAGGCUCAAGUCGAACUCGAUGCAGCUCGAUGGGAUCUCCGCCAGUCAAAGCAGCGGGAAGCCGCACAGAUCCAGCAUCAGGAAAAGGCCAAGGAGCUCAGCGACAAUCGGGUUGAGGAGUUAGAGGGCUUGCUGAACAGUGCAAAUCGCCAGCUCGUGCUGCUAAGGCGUGACACCUCAAGCCUCGGAAACACAGCAACCGACCGUGAGACGAGUCUCCAAGAGCAGGUUGAUGAGCUCAUCGAGGAGAGGACCCAGAAUCGGAAGGACAUGAGCGAAGCUCGCUUGGAACUUCUCGGACUAAAGAAAAAGCAAGCGAUGCAAGCCAUUGACCAAGCAAAGUCUCCUUCAGAGUUGCGUCAGGCACAUCAGGCAGCAGGAGGGGGAGGAGGAGGAAGGUCGCGAGGCAGGGGGCGAGGAAAGGGAGCAAGCAAGGGUAUGCUGGAGAUUAUAGAGGAGGAGCAGGAAGAGGAAGACGGCUCUGUUGGGCUGCCAACACGUGCGGCAGAGUCCCUGGCGAGCGAGUGCAGCAGCGACUGUGGAGAUCUGGACGACCUCACGAAUCCGGAUCAAUCUGCGCAGAACGAUCUCUUGAACAAGCUCUUGUCCGAAUUGACAGUCGAGCGGAAGGCGAAGCAGGACCUGCGUGAUGACCAUGCUGGUCAGCGGGCAGAGCAAAUGGAAGAGAUAGCUCAGCUACAGAGGCAGCUCGCAGAAGCGGGACUUGUGCAGGCAGCAGCUUCAGCGGAGAAUAUCCGCUUGCGGGACCUUGGCAAUCAGGACAGGAUCAAGCAGCUGAAUCAGGUGGAUGGCUUGAACGUCAAAGUGAGAGAGCUCGAGGAGACGUUAUUCGUAGAGAUGAAGAAGCAGACCGACAAAGAGGAGCGCCAGGAAAUGACGAACUUCGAGUUGCAGGAGAAAGUUCAGCUUCAAGCCGAGUCCCUACGGAUCUCCAACCUGCGCUUGCAAGAUGCAUUGCAGCAGCGUCAGACAGAGGCCAUACGCCAGUUACAGGAAGUCAACUCCUUAAAGCUUCAGCUGGCGAUGGAGUGCAAGCGAAACGGCCGCAGUUCAGAUGACGCAUGGACUGCUGAUGCAAAAGAUGGUGACCCAGAGCUGGCUCUGUGCCAGCGCGUGAAGGAGCUUGAGGAGGAGCGAAACCUUCUGCUGAGCAAGCUCGAGGUUCAGGAGGUCCAGCACCAAGUGCAGCUGGAAGACGCAUACCGUGAUCACGAGCAGCGACUGAAGUUUGAAGAACAGAUCGCAGAGAUUCGCUCCAGAUAUGAACAGCUGCUCAGGCAGAUGCCCGCACAAGGUCAGGAGGAUCAGAUUAACCUGCCAGACAAUGUGGACUUGUCUAGUAGCGCGGCCAGCUUGGUUGCAGACGAGGCAACGAGGGACAGUGAUCGACCCGGAAACUCAGCACAGAGUGCCAUUGGCGCGUCUAGCGACGUCAGCACCCCUGCAUCGCAGAGCACGGGUGGUACACUUGGCACUACUGUCUCAGAGCAUCUUCGCAGCAUGAUCUGGGCAGUGCUGGGCUUGAUGCCUAACGCAGUGGCGGCGCAGUGCACCUUCGAGGACCUGAUCAUCGAGAAAGUCUUCGGGGCAGCUUUCUACGACCCGAGAGAGGAACGGAUCUGGCGCGUGUCCGACAACCAAAGUGCAAACGUCUCCUCCUCCUCCUCCUCCUUCAGGGUCCGGGCUCAGCACCUCACCAACUUGAUCAAGGUGGCAAAGCAGUGUGGAGUUGGUGAGGAUUUUGGCUCCAUCGACGUCUUGGAGGUGCGCUGCACCACCGCGCCGCCCCCGAUGCCACAGCCGGAGCCUUUUGCCUCGAGCUGCUGGCGGGGGUGUUGCCAGAGGUGGAAGGAAUUCAACAGCACGACUUUGGACCGCAUGUCCACACUGGAGAUCCACUCCGUGAUCGUGGCAAACAGCUACCUUAGCUUCAACCACCUGGCGUGCAUCACCAUUGCCUCCGGAAUGGCGGCAAUCGGCUUGAUCACAGAUAGUAGCGUUUUCGUUCUGGCGGCCUUCUUCGUGUCGCCCUUAAUGCAGAUGGUCCUCGCAACGGUGUGGGGCCUCACCGUGCAAGACCUGGCUCUGGCCUGGCGCGGCGUUCGGAACAUGUUCAUUGGCGCCAUGAUCUGCCUAGCCUUGGGUGCGAUUUUCGGGCUGAUACUCGGGGUCUCUUGCAGGGAGAAAGACCUGAUAUCGCCCAUCGGAGAUUUCCGAGGCUCCACUUCGUUCAUCUCCAUCAACACUCUUCAGAUUACAUCACGGGGCCCCCCCGCAGGCAACGUGCUCAUGUCUGCCAUCGUAGCUGCCCUUUCCGGAAUGGCGGUGGCAUUAGGUCAGGGCAGUGGGAUUUCCAGUGCGCUGAUCGGCGUUUGCAUCUCCACCUCCCUGCUGCCUCCCCUGGUGAAUGCUGGGAUGAUGUGGACUUUGCAGACGAGUUUCCCCAAGCUCCAUAACAAAGGAGGCUACUUCCUCAGCGAGAUCGGCGAGUUCUCGGUGUAUCUUUACUUGUCCAACAUUGCUUGCAUCGUAGCCUUCUCUUGGGCUGCAUUUAAGUUUAAGCACAUCGGCGGCCGCACCUUGCGGCCCAUGGCCCGCGCAGCAGACCUGCAAGAGGAGGCAGAUCCAGCCCAGAUUGCACCGCGGGUGCUGCGCACUUUCAGCCGCGACAUGAGCGCAAGGGGCGCUGGUAGCCAGACGCAGCUGCUGUGA